UAAUUUUUACAUUUUAAAUAAAUAAAUAAAAGAGUUGUUUUAAAUCAAAAUAAUAUUUAACAAUAAAACUGUUUUUUAACUGUAUUUUAAUCAAAUUAAAUGCAGCCAUGGUGAGUAUAACAAUCUAGUUGUCAAAAACAUUCUUAACAUGCGUAUAUCUAAUUCUCAGUAUCUUAUUUUAAGUAGUACAUUUAUCUUGUUUUAAAAAGGUUUGGAUAUUGAUGUUGUGACUUUUGGCAGUGUAGAAAUGCUAUAAUUUGAGUGGGCACUAGAACUUUUUUGUCUGUAAUUGCCCACAAGUUAAGUGGGCAUACUAAGACUGAGGCAAACACACUCACAUACAAACUAAUGCCUUCCACCUAAAUGCUCCAUUGUUUGGUGAGACAAACGGUUGUGGAUCUUCAGCAGCUUUCUGAUCCUGCCUUUCUCUGGACAGCAGAAAAACAAGGCUAAAUAAAAUGGAUCACAAUUAGAUCUCCGUGUUGGCCGACACCUCCUCACAUCCCAGUAUUCUUUGCCUGGCAACCCUGUAACCAAGCACAGCCACAUUGACCUGCGCACAUCCAUGGAUGGCAAAUACAAAGAGAUUGCAGAGGAGCUGUUCUCCCGCAGCCUGGCGGAGAGUGAGAUGCGGAGUGCUCCAUAUGAGUUCCCUGAGGACAGCCCUAUUGAGCAGCUGGAGGAGAGGCGGCACCGACUGGAGCGGCAAAUCAGCCAGGAUAUCAAGUUUGAGCCUGAUAUCCUGCUGCGAGCCAAACAGGACUUCAUGAAAACUGACAGUGCGACAGAUCUGGAGUUUAUGAAAGAACAAAACCAGGCUCCCAAAGAACCCUAUCCCGAGAGAGAGCUCGUCCCUGAGAGGGAGUAUCAGAGAGUCGCCAUCUCUGGAGAGGAGAAAUGUGGGGUUCCAUUCACUGACCUACUGGAUGCUGCUAAAUGUGUGGUCAAAGCUCUGUUCAUCAGAGAGAAGUACGUCUCUCUGUCCAUGCAGAGCUUCUGCAGGACCACAGCACAUUACCUGCAGGAGGAGCUAGGUGACCAACCUCUGGACCUCGACACCUUCGAGGAGAUGCCGGAGUCCUCUGUAUCUGCAGAUGCGACGGUCCACCCACCGGUGUCAGAAACCCACCCUUAUGAGGUGCUAGACCCUGCCAGCAUGCCCCCAGGUUUGGGCUACACUUGCAAGAUGGUGGAUGGUGUUGUUCAUGUGUACACGCAGAAUUCCUCAGAGCUAGACUUGCCGUACCCAGACCUACAGGAAUACAUCGCUGAUAUGAACAUGAUGAUGGCGCUCAUCAUUAACGGGCCAGUGAAAUCUUUCUGCUAUCGCCGGCUGCAAUACCUCAGCUCCAAGUUCCAGAUGCACAUUCUCUUAAACGAGAUGAAAGAGUUGGCAGCACAGAAGAAAGUCCCUCACCGUGAUUUCUACAACAUCAGGAAGGUGGACACACACAUCCAUGCCUCAUCCUGUAUGAAUCAGAAGCACCUGCUGCGCUUCAUUAAAAGAGCCAUGAAGAAAUAUCCUGGUGAAAUCGUCCAUGUAGAACAAGGCCGAGGACAGACUCUAUCAGAGGUGUUUGAGAGCAUGAACCUGACGGCCUUUGACCUCAGCGUAGACACUCUGGAUAUGCAUGCGGACCGUAACACGUUUCACCGCUUUGAUAAAUUCAACUCCAAAUACAACCCCAUUGGAGAGUCCAUCCUCCGAGAAAUCUUUAUCAAGACUGACAACCAUAUUGAGGGGAAAUACUUCGGGCACAUGAUCAAGGAGGUGAUGGCGGACCUGGAGGAGAGCAAAUAUCAGAAUGUGGAGCUGCGGCUCUCCAUCUACGGCCGCUCACGAGAUGAAUGGGAUAAACUGGCUCAGUGGGCUGUCAAACACAAAGUUUAUUCAGAUAACGUGCGCUGGCUGGUGCAGGUGCCCCGGUUAUUUGAUGUGUACCACACCAAAAAGCAGCUAUCUAACUUCCAGGAGAUGCUAGAGAACAUCUUUAUGCCCCUGUUUGAAGUCACAGUCAAUCCCAGCAGCCACCCACAGCUACAUCUCUUUCUGCAACAUGUUGUGGGGUUUGAUAGUGUGGAUGAUGAGUCCAAACCUGAGCAUCACAUUUUUAACCUGGACAGUCCAAAACCUGUGAACUGGACGGUUGAAGACAAUCCUCCAUACUCAUAUUAUCUGUACUACAUGUAUGCAAAUAUGACUGUACUCAACCACCUGCGCAGGCAAAGAAACUUGAAUUCGUUUGUGUUGCGUCCCCACUGUGGAGAGGCAGGGCCUAUUCACCACCUUGUGUCAGGAUUUAUGCUGUCAGAAAAUAUUUCCCAUGGCCUGCUUCUGAGAAAAGCUCCUGUCCUGCAGUAUCUGUAUUACCUGGCUCAGAUCGGCAUCGCCAUGUCCCCACUCAGCAACAACAGCCUUUUCCUCAGUUACCAUCGGAAUCCUCUGCCUGAGUACCUGUCUAGAGGCCUCAUGGUGUCUUUGUCCACUGAUGACCCACUGCAGUUCCACUUCACAAAGGAGCCGCUGAUGGAGGAGUACAGCAUCGCUGCUCAGGUGUGGAAGCUGAGCUCAUGUGACAUGUGUGAGCUGGCCCGAAACAGUGUCCUCAUGAGUGGAUUUUCUCACCAGGUGAAAAGCUAUUGGCUAGGGCCGCAUUAUCUCAAAGAGGGGCAGGAGGGCAACGACAUCAGACGCACUAAUGUUCCAGACAUCCGAGUGGCGUACCGCUUUGAGACGCUGUGCGAGGAGUUGAAUCUGAUCACCCAGGCUGUGCGGUCAGAGGAGCUGGAGACGGUUGAAGAGCAGGGCUCCCUGAGCAUGGAUGCAGGACCGGCCAGACGUUAGCGGUGUCAUACACUCUCAAUUAUUCACCCAGUACAGAAUGUGAGUGAAAGGUUGAUUCAGGGAAAUGGGACACGGUCAUACUGUGUUUGAUUCCGCUGGUGUUCAUCUAAAUGUUUUUAUUUGACUUUUAGGUAUUUGCUAGAAAUGUCCUGUUGUUGUUUUUUUCGGUUGUGAAGUGCAGGUUUAAAGGUCUCAAGAGAAUUUGCACAAAGGAAAUGCCAAUGUUGUGUUUGACAAAAGCACAUAAACAUUUUGCAGAAUACCAACUGGAAACACUUACAGUAUCUGUGAACUAUUAGAUUCCUCCAGAUAUCCAGUCAAGCAUCAGGAAACCCCGGAAGUCCCCCCCUCUGUUACUGUGGACCUUACACUGUCCUUAACCUGCAGUCCAGCAUGAAGAUCUGUGAAAUGGUUUACACUAUCAUAGAUUAUAAAUGUUUGGUGUCGCUUGUACUCUUGCUCUAAACGCUAACAGCCAUAAACAUUUGUUCUUUGGCUCAAGUAUCUACGCACAUCUCUGCCAUGAGCCGUCAACAUCCUGUCAUUUUAAAUGGAUUUUUAUCUCCUUUAUGUUCUUGAUUUGAACAGGUUCUGUUCUAAUAAGUUUAUUAUUGUGAUAUUUGUUUUAUAGUGCUUGUAACCUUUGUCAUUUGACCAUUUUUAUGUGUGUCUGUAAUUGAAUAAUUAUUAGUGCUAUUUAUUGUAAAUCAGACAUGAUAAUAUCAAAGUGAAGUUUAUUUUUCCUCUGUAUUCUGGAUCUCAAAAUUAAAAUAUAAUUCUGAGAGUCUGUGGAUGUAAUAUUGUACAUAUACUAUUCACUGUAUUUUUCAAAGCAUAAGUAAGCUGCAAGAUUUUUAACCGAUAUAGAGAAAUAAAUAGAGCAAUAACAAUGUAAACAGUGAAACUAUUUUUGUUAUAAACCAGUGUGUUUUGUGCUUUUGACCAGCUUUUUUUCCUGUGCCCUUCAUCCCUGUAGUGUUGGGACUGUAACUUAUGCCUAAACUUAGUGCAUUAAAACAUCAGAUUUAUGACUUGCAUGUUGGAUCA